AUGGCGCUGUGUUUUGUGAAAACAUCAACGUUUGCUUUGCUGGUCCUAGUACAAGUUUGUCAUGGGAAGGACCCUCAACCCCAACAGAUUCACAUCUCAGCAACAGGUAAGGAAAACAUAUCAGAGACUGUUAAGAAGAAAAACUCAGAUGUUAAUCACCUGACUAAUAACGAAGGCUAAGGCUGACACUCGAAAGAGUCAUCUCUUCACAGUUAACGACAGGGGUCUCUCUACUUUUAUCAACCUCUACUGAGCACUUUAUGCAACAAAUUCCCCGCGAAUUUCAAGUUCGAUUCUCGUUUUCUGGGGAUUUAAUUCAGGAUUCCUAGUUUCGCACGCAGUCACAUGACUUCCCAAAUCGACCUUUUGAAAUCUCUUCAUAAAAUUUCUUACACUUCAAGCGAGGCUGAUUUCAACUCAGACGAAGGCGCUAUUUCCCUAUUUAACUUAACUUCAGCACACUUUUGAUUCUCGAGAAUUCCACCAAGAUCGCAUGACGAACUGCCUCUCUUCUUUCAGUUGUCCACCAUGUCAACACCGUCACCUUGUUCGUUCAUGCAGUUCCUUUAAGGUUCCUUUCGCUUUACUUUUUCUCUUGAAGCAGAUCGUAAGCGUAAUCAGUUUUUCAUUUCGGCUACGGCUAAAUGAAGCGAAAUUUCUGUAGCGCCCCAACAUCGUACAAAUCGCUCAGGCCAGUACAGAAAUGUUAACUCUACCGAAAAUGUUAUGUAAGCUUUAAUUUUAGAAAGUGUUAUAAUCUUAAUCGUCCCGAGCAAAAACCAUCCUACAAAUCGAAUCGCCCCUGAAAUACCAUUCACAGUUUGAAAUUUUUCUACUUUGUGAUAUUCUUCCCAUUUUCUCAAAGUCCAUCCGAGGUUCUUUCAAUGAUACAAUUGUGCGCGGCUUCCGCAUAAAAAAACUUUAUGAUGCGUUAUGUGUUCAUGAACACAGCUCUUAUUUACACUUGAUUAAGAGAACUUGUGUCAUAGAUAUUGUAAUUGGAUUCCGACCAUUUCUGCUGUCAGCUUAAAAUAGCGUCUAAAUGAAAGCGAAAACUCGCAGUUACAUAUACCACAUAGGUCUGUUGCUUUCAUCACGACGGUUAACUGGACCUGUUAUGUAAUGCCUCACUUAUCUAGUAAUGUUAUGCUCUGACUACCAAAUUGGUGAUCGUAAAUCGUUCAAUUUUAAGGUCACAAAUUACAAAUCAAAUUAGUUAGUUUUAUUGUCUGCCCAAGCUUAAAUUGUUAUUCUGGUAAUUCGAUGGAUGAUUCAAUAACCACUCUACCAAAUUUCUGAUUAUAUUUGUUUAAUAAUGUGCAUGUGUUUUUACACAGUGAGUAAGUUUUUAUUGCUGUAUUAUUGCAGAUGAGUACUGAAUAUUAAUUUGUGUAGCAUGCUGUACUGAGGUUAUUAAAGACCUUGCCAGGUAGUUUUUGUACAAAAAGAUUCAAGCGCAUUGAUUUGAACCUUUUGUUCAACUUUUAGGGGACCCUACAGAGAUGAUGAUCACCUGGGUCACUAUGGCUUACACCAACUACACUAUUGUGGAAUACAAUAAGGCUGGUUUUCCUCUUACGCUGAGGGAAUCUGGCAGCAUUACUAAAUUUACUGAUGGUGGUUCAGCACAUUUGGUGAGAUACAUUCACAGGGUCAAACUGACAGGACUGGUUCCUGCUCAAAGAUAUGGUAGGUCUUCAAACUAUGUUAUUUCAUCUUCCAGCCUUCAAUUUUUAGAUAAAGUAAAUGAAAGGAUGCUGCCUGACAUUAAGGCUUUCCAGAGACUUAAAAGUAGAUUGAGAAACAUAAAGAAUGUGUAGUACUCUAAAAAAGGGCACUUCUAGUUUCCUCUGCUAUUUUUCAGUCCAUCGUUUUAAAUUACUCAUAACAUUUUUAGUGAUAAAGUUUAGCUUUAGAAUCAGCUUCUGAAAGAAGAAUCUUCCACCAUGAUUAUUUUGAAUUAUUAGGGUUUGAUAUUAGAAGGGAGAAUCCUGGAAGUUACAUGUACGCAGGACUUUUUUGGGAAAUCUUAUAAAUACUGUAGAUUGAAAUCUUUGAUAAAGAUUGGGUCCUUUAUGUAAAACUUAUGCCUCUCAUCAAAAAACUGAAGAGAGGUAUCAAUACAAAGGUUUAUUCUUGUGUUUAUGAAAUUUAGAUUAUCACUGUGGAGGAUAUGAUGGGUGGAGUGAAGUGUUUGCUUUCAAUGCUCUCAAGUCUGGAGAGGACUGGAGUCCAAGACUAGCUCUCUAUGGAGACUUAGGUAGUGUCAAUGCAAAAUCUAUUAGCUACCUUCAAGAGGAUGCUCAGAGAGGAAACUAUGAUGCUAUUCUUCAUGUUGGUAAGUUUUGAAUUGUUGAUUUUGCUUUUGGGUGAGGUGAUCUGGAAUAGUUGUAUAGUACAAUAGUGUUAAAAUAACCCAGCCAGGAUCAGCUAUUAGAAGUCCAAUUUUUAGUGAAAGAUCUCUAUUGCAUCUGAAGAAUCAAAGUACAUUAAAAAGGAGAAAGUUUUAAAAGUAUUUUGAUUUCAUUUAUUUUUCCAGGUGACUUUGCAUACAAUAUGGAAUAUGUAAGUGAAUUAAGGUCUUCUGUUUUUACAUAUGUCCAAUGGUUUUUUGGGGGAAAUACUAAAAAGUACAGUUUUCAAUUGGUCUAAUAUAUGUUUGCCAUUUGUGAAACUGAAAUUUCUCCUACUCAUUCUUCACACUUGCCUGAGCCAAAACAGAUUUCUCAUGGACAUCCAUUAUACAUUUUUUGCACACUUGAUAAAUUGAACCCUCAUUAGCUUGAACCUUCAGCUAACUCCAACAAAAAUUCAUAUCCCCUUAGAUAAUCUCCUUUCCAAAUUUAGCCUAUAUCUUAUUUACCGUAUUUACCCGUGUAUAAUGCGCACUUUUUUUCCAUAAAAACAAGCAUCAAAAUCGCGGUGCGUAUUAUACACGGAUUCUAUUGUUUGUCAAGCACGUCCUAAUUUGCAUACGUUAAAAACGCAACAAAGAAAGUAAAAGUGCACGGAUCGGUGGCCUGGGGAGGAGAAAGAGCUUGCUUAUUUACGACUCAUUUGAGGCUCACGUGACAGAUACUGUGAACACUUCCUUCAAACGCGAACUUCCCUUCUCCAGCCGCUCGAUGUAUCUUUGAACAAACCAUUUAGAGAUGGAGUCCGAAAGGAGUGGAUGGCUGAUGGAAUUCAUGAACUUACUGGACGACAAAAAAAGGCUUCGGAGUAACUGAUCUGUUCGUAUAUUUCACAAGCGUGGGAAGGCAUUCCAUCAGAAAUGAUCGCUGCCUCUCUCUGAAGUGUGGUUGCACAAACAAUUCGAAUGGAUCACAAGAUGAAUUGGUUUACAAUUCAACUGAGAUCACUGAUGAACUUGAGGAUUCAGUCAUCGAAACCUAUUCAAAUCGGACUGUGAGUCGGAAUUUGAAGGUUUCGUUGUUUAAAGACACUGAACAUUUUACUUAAAUCACGCAAUUGCAAUGCAGUAAUUAUAUUCAAGCUACCAGCAGUACUGUGAGUAGAAAUAAUGUUUAUGAACGGCUGUUAUGAUAAUAAUUCAAGUUGUGAAUUUAGGUAUAUUAAUAAGGACUUCAAGUCACAACAUUUAUAAAACGUUUGACUGUUACUGAAUAAAAAAGCUUGUAAAUAGGUGCUCGGUGCGUGCGAUAUUUGUAGUAGCAACUAGUUAGAAAUUGUUGUAAACAUAUUAUUGAUGAAUUCCCAGCUCUUGUUAAUUAAGUGAAAAAAUGGAAGUUUUAAUUCUUGGUAUUUGUCAUGAAAUCUUUUUUUUCGGAAAAAAGAGGUCAAAAAUUAGGGUGCGUAUUAUACACGGGCGCGCAUUAUACACGGGUAAAUACGGUAAUUUCUUAUUACGCAAAACAACUUUGGUCCAGUGACUAUGUCAUCGGACCUUGGUAAUUGAGAGGUGUAUCUUAGGGGGUCUGGAUUCUUAUGUUUGAUAAAACAGACAGAAACAAUUUGGAUGCUUUCAUUUGUUACAGGAUAAUGGAAUGGUUGGAGAUGACUUCAUGAAUCAAAUUCAGACAAUUGCUGCCUAUGUUCCCUAUAUGACAUGUCCAGGAAAUCAUGAACUAGCAUAGUAAGUUCCUUGAUGAUAUUAUGAGGACUUGUGAGUGGCUUCAAAGAGAAGGGUUUGAUGAUGCUCUUGCCUUAACCCUUUACACCCUCACAUCAGUAUCCAUAUUCUCCAUACUGUUACCAGUAUGUCUCUUUUGGUACUGACAAGGAGAUUUUAUAUGAAGAUCAAAGCUUCUUAGGUUGGCAAUCAUUUCCUUAUUCUCAUGAUCUUAAUGAAUGGUUUAGCAGUGUUACUGUAAGGAGAAAUUAGAUGCUGGUCACAGUAAAGGGUUAAAAGUAAUGAGAGUUUGAUUCCUCUUCAGUAAUGUUUGGAAAUCUCAGACUUGAUCACUAAGUUUUACCACUAAUAUAUAGAUUUAGCCAAGCCUAAAGUCAGAGCUCGCAUUUUGUUUUUUUCCCUCACAUCUCAAGGGCACAACGCCUUGCCCCAGCUAAGACUAGAACCCGGGUUGUCCGACUCGGAGCCCAGUGCACUGACCACUGGACAACUGGACAAAGCCGUGGCGUUGGCAUGCCUGCGGUACAGUUGACCAUGCAUGUUAAAAGUAGCACCUUGUGCAGUCAUACAGUUGUACGGUUGUACAACCAAAUUUUUUUGGCUUGAUGGGCUACUACUAUUUUGUAUAAUUAUUGGGCUACGCUCUACGAGCUCUGCUAUAAUUAUUAAAAUGAAAAUUGUAUUCUAUGGCAUAAACUAGAGUUUCUUUGAUACAUGUAUGUCAAUCUGAAAUCUUUGAUACAUGUAUGUCAAUCUGAAACAUAAAUAUGUAAUUUUUUGGCAGCAACUUCUCAAACUACAGAAACAGGUUUUCAAUGCCAGGAAACACAGAAGGUAUAUUUUACAGGUAUGGGAAACUGGCAAAAACAGCUUUAUGUGAAGGGAUACAGUACUUGUGUAUGGUUACAUUUACAUGUGUAUAAUACUUGCGCCAAAAAAAGAGCAUUUUUUAUUUCAUUACCAAGGUUAAAAUUUACCAUUCUUUUAAUUUAAAGUAUUUACACAAAGCCUUUGCCAUUGCUGACCCCAGCAGUUUGCAGGGUAGUGAAUCUGAGAGUCUGUGGCUUGAUUUCUCAUGGGGACUCUGAACUUUUACCUUUUGUCUUGUGCUCAUGACAAAACAAGAAAAAAACAUUUUAGGCAUUUCUAUAGAUACAAUUAAGUUUAGUUGAAAUACCAUUGCAAUGGUCUUGAUGGGCUGUCUCUCUCUUUUUUUUUUUCGGUUUAUUUUAUCUUCAAUGAUACAUCUAAUUUAUUGAAUACUUUGUAGUUGGAACAUUGGUCCUGCACACAUCAUCAGCUAUUCUACAGAAGUCUACUUCUGGUUGCAAUAUGGAAUUGAACAGAUCGUUCAGCAGUAUAACUGGCUUAUCAGAGACCUAGAGGUAAAGAAAUAUUCCCGUCAUUACCCCUGUAUUUGUUUCUUCGUAGCCUUCUCUUGUCUCUCCACCUCUUCAGUUUUACCCUCUCUUCCUUCUUUUUCUCCUUUUUUCUUUAUUCAUUCAUUCCUUCCUCUUUCUUCCACUUCUCCCAAACUCUUUUUCUCUUGUGUCAUCAUUUGUUCCUUCAAAGGAUGGGUGAUGUUCAGUGUUUGCCCAAGAUUUUUCAGCAUCCAGCUAUAAAAACACCACCUGCCAAGGGUUAAAAUUCAUGGCAGAUUGGGACAGUCAUUUUAGUUCUUUGCCUAAUUUAAAUUGCCAGCACUCCAGAAAUGAAUAGCUGGUGUUUCUGAAGAACAUUGAUAAUGCUAUCCAUUAUUUGUUAGGGGUCAUAACCAUUGUUCCCUAUUAAUAGUAUUAAUACUAUUAUUAUUAUUAUUAUUAUUAUAGUGUUACAUUUUAAUAGUGUUAAAUAUUAUUAUUAUUAAUAAUAGUGUAAUAUGAUAAUUAUUAUCACUAGUAUAAUCUACAUUUGUAACAGCUAAGGCCUUUGAUCUUAUUUGGUAGUUUUUUAUUUUGUUUUGCUUUUUUUUUAGUAUUGUGUGAUUAAAACUGUAUCAGAGCAAGCCUCACAUGUAAUGUGUAUUUUGUUGCAGGAGGCAACUCUUCCUGAAAACCGCAGUAAACGUCCCUGGAUCAUCACCAUGGCACACAAACCAAUGUACUGCAGUAACGAUAAUCCUAAUGAUUGCACAAAAACUAACAGCAUGGUAAGGUUACUGAUUAUCCUUAAACCUUAUCCUUAAGUAGGGAAAAGGGUGCCUUAGUUGGUUAUUGUAAUACUUUAAGCCCUUUUGAUCUUUUUAUUGGUCCUCAAAGUUUGUCAACAUGACAUUUAAGGCUGUUUCUGAUUCUAAAGUGGUAGAGCCAAUUCCUCAAUCUCAAAACAACAGCCUUGGUCAAAGAAAAUAUUUGUGGUUGCCCUUUAAGGCAGCUUAGAUAUCAAUAGCAUUCUCGGUGAUUGCACGUAAGUUGUAUUAACACAUCUUUUUUGUUUUUUUUUUUAGAUUCGCACUGGAAUAACCUCUAAGCAUUUGUGGCCUUUGGAAGACUUGUUUUACAAAUAUGGUAUGAAAAAAUCAUUAUUGGAAACAAGAUUGAUCUUUGAUUGGAACUCUCAUUGUAAUUAUUUUUUGGUGACAAAAUUAAUCAUGAUAACACAAAGAGGAAAAAAUUUGCCCUUGGAGUAAAUUGUGUCAAGCCAUGUUCAAACAACAUAAUAUAUUCAAGUAUUUAUUCAUGCAGAAUUUCUAUCCCCAUUCUAGGUGUGGACUUGAUGUUGGAAGCUCAUGAGCACUCCUAUGAACGUUUGUGGCCCAUUUACAACAUGCAGGUAAGGUUGUGAACAGUAUAGCCUGCUGAAAGUUUGCAGUGCAUAAAAGGAAUUGUGAUAAUGAUGGGGAAGUGAACGGGAAAGGGAGGUAUGGGUCAGCUCAUGAUCCAAAUCAAACCUUCUUUGUCUUUUCACUCUUGUGCUACCAUUGCACUGAGUGCUGUUGCAUUUGUUUUGUUAACCCUUUAACUUCCAAGAUCUGAUUGUCAAUUCUCCCCUGUAGCUGCCACACAUUUCCUUUUAAGUUAGUUAUGAAAACUUGGUGCUAGAUCAAGAUAGCAGCUUCUACCUGAUAAGUUUGAAUAUUCUCAUUACAUGUUUGCCAAGAAUGUAUGGAUAUUGAAGGGAGAAGUUUUAUGUUAAUCACCUCUGGGAGUUAAAGGGUUAACUGAAUCCCUUGGAACAAGCCGUAGGAUUGGUUGCAAAAGUAUUGAGAGUAAAUAAAGUGCCAUCUGAUCUUUGCGCCUGUGUAGCAGAGAUUUUUUGUGUUGUCCUAUCUAGAAUUCUUUUUCUGUUGCUUAUUUAAAGUUAUCUCUAUCCUUGAGUAACUAAAAUGUGCCAAUUUGACAAAAGAAUGGGGUCACUGUUUCCUCAUCCUUGGAGACUGAAGAGUGAAUAAUCAGGGGAGAGCAAAAUCUAGUGGUGGUUUUGGUUUGACUUGAAAGUUUCUUUGCUCAUCAAAAAAUAUUUUGCAUCAAACUGAAACUGUGCUGUAGUUUCUCCUUGCCCAAUUGUUAGUUUCUUAGUCUCCAUGGAUGCUGCUUUCAGGAUGUUGCUUUCAUCGCAACUUCUGAAAGGCUGGAGUUUCAAUACGAGGCUGUUCCUAAAAGGGGGUCAUAGGGUGAAAUGCAACCAGAAAAGCUUGCGCACAGGCUAAAGGAGGAAGUUAAGGGGUCUUACAGGCAAUGUUAAACCAUGAGUCACUGGCUAUUCAUCAAAUACCCUAAGGAGGUAGCAAAAUUGGUACUUUCAAGCACUAUGGUGUUUGACUCUUAAAUUUGUUGUGUAUAUGUUAAAGGUAAUGUCUCUUGAACACUCUUAAUUUAUAUUUCCCUUUCCAGGUUUGCAAUGGAUCUCAUGAGGAGCCAUACACCAACCCUUGCGCCCCAGUUCAUAUAAUCACUGGUUCAGCGGUAUGUUUGCUAUCAACACUAGUUCUCUGUUUUACAUAAGCAAAUUACAGCUGCCUAAUAUGAUAGAUAGGUUAGGAUCUCUAAAGGAUUAUCGCAAUGAAAAUACCUGACCUGUUACCUUGAAGUUGAAUUUGAAGUUUAUUAAUUCAUAAAUACAUGGCAGUUCAAAAACUGAAUUGCUUAUUUACUUAACAAAAAUUAAUUUUACAAAUCUAAUCAUUAACUAAUCUAUCUUAAUCAAAAAGCUAACAGGAGAUAAGCUGCUAAAAAAGUUAUCAUAAUACAAGCUGCAAAAUUUGAAAACCCUGAACUAUAAAUUAGUUGCUUUGAGACAUGAAGAGAUAAUAAUAUUUGUAAAACAGUCAGUUUUAAAAUGCGGCGUGCUAAAAGGGCGAGCAUGUCGUGAGUGAAUGAUAAGUUUUGUGCAGUGCAGGUAAUAACUUAUAAAGGCAGUGAUUGCAUGGUGUUGUUUACACUUGUUCCUUGAAGUUCAUAAUCUUCAGGGGUUCUUCAAGCCCUCUACCUCCAAACAUAAGCCCACUCACUCUCUUUACUGCUCUCUGUACAUUUCCUGUGGAACUAGCGAGGAGUUUGUUUAACAGUCAAGAGCCUCUUUAGGCGGCAAUCAUUUCUCUCACUCUCAUGACCAUAGUACGCUAUUUAGCAGUAACACUGUAAGGAGAAAUUAGAUCUUUGUCAGUGUUCUGAGGGCUUAAAGGGUUGAGGGGACAGUUAAAAUGCCCCUACCUUCCAGAAGUCCUUAUUCCUCACAUCUACAGAUCAAACUGGCUUGUCUCCCAAAUGUGAAGAUUUGCACCAUUGUUAUGUUUCACUGUGUUUUUCCUGCUGAUUUACAAUAGAAUGGUAUUUCUUACAGGGAUGUGUUUCGAAGCAUGACCCUUUCAAGAAGGAUAAGCCAUUUUGGACAGCUUUCCGUACUCUGAAUUACGGUUUCACUCAGAUGACAAUCCAUAAUAAGACUCACAUAGGCAUACAGCAAGUGGAUGUUGACCUGGUAAGUCCAGUGGAUAGAAUAAACUUUAGGGCAUAUGCACCUCGUAAGAGCAAGUUUAGAAGGAGAAAAUUUGGUCAAUGAGUGUGAGAACUCCUCAUUCGAUGGUCAGGUGACAUCCAGUUAAUUUUUUUUUUUAAUUUCUGCUGCACCCUUUUUUCCUCUUUAGUAAUGUGGCUUAAUUUCAUAAUUUUUUUUCUGGAAAUCAGAGGCAAAUUCUUGCAAAAAGGCUUAUAUAACUACUGGUAUCCUGUGGUGAAAGUUAAACUGAUUUCUGCAUUUGUUGUUAUUGUAAUCAGGGUGGGGAAGUUGUUGACAAAAUAAUGCUGAUAAAGGAUGUCCAUGGACCAGAAGCUUGGGCUAGAAAGAAUGUGAAGAAUUGAAAGCUGAGGAAAAUGAUGAAAUCUUUAAAACCACUUGUUGGAAAUUUACUCUUCCAGUAACUUGUUACUUUUGGUAUAUUACUAAUCUUUGCAGAGAAGCUGAGCUAUGGUCUCUCCUUUUGUAAUUACUUUUUUUCACAAUAAUUUUGCAAUAUAAAGAGGGUACAGGGCAUGUGUUUACUUAAAUAAACAACAAUUCACUGUUGUUUAUUAGAACAGAAUGCAAAAGUAGCUUGGACAACUAAUGAGGAACUGAUCAACUAAUGAAUAAUGAGGUGUGGAAAAACAACAAUGUCAUUUUACUGUAAUUGUAUAUUCAUGCAUGGUGUGUGAUGCCUAAUCCUUUAACCCCAUAGAGAGACCAGCGUCUAAUUUCUCCUUACAUUAUUAUUCUAGAAUCCAACAUUAAGAUCAUGAGAAUUUCGGAAAUGAUAACUGACUAAAAAAUAUUUUGAUUGUUGAUCAAAAUUUCACUAUCAGUACCACAGGAAAUGUAUAGAAUAUAGAUGGAGAAUAUGCAUACUGAUACUAGUGCAGAAAGGGUUAAUGGGGGCAUGCUUGUUUUAUAUCUGACUCAUUAAUCUUAUUACAGUCCAUUGAAAAUACGACUAGUCUUGAUAGUAGUUUCUGUUCAUUGUCUGUGGUUAGAAGGAUUUCUUUAGUGUCCACAUUCCAAAUUUAAUGAUCUUUAUAAUAUAUAGGUAUAGAUGUUGUGUCAAGAAAACUGAGCAACCUUGAACUUUCUUGUGAAAUGGAGGAAUUUAAGAAAACAAAUUAUCA